CUUCGUGUUAGUUUGCAAUGGUGAAAGACAGGGAGUUUGAAGUGAUGAAUGCACGCAUUUCGGGCUUCUCACGCGUCAUCAAUGUUCUUAUCUAUCACCAUCUUAGUCGUUCUUUCACUGCACAGAUUAUGUUCCGUCUCUGUAGAGUUGAUUGCGAGUCAGAUGACAUGUAGUAGAUAGUGAAGAUU